CGCAGCCAUGGGCAUCUGGGAGCUUCUCGGCCUCCUUAAGGAAGAAGAGAGUCCGCUGCCUCUCGCUGCGCUUAUGGGCAACGUCGACGAGGUCCAGGCGCUUUUGGCUCAAGGCAUCAACGUCGACAGCGUCAGCAACAGUAGGUCUGCCCUGUUCAACGCCGUCACAAACAACCACUUGGACGUCGUCGACGCGCUCAUCGCGGCCGGCGCCGACUUGAACUUCGGUGGCCCCAACAUGGCACCGCCGCUCGCGAUCGCCAUCAAAUUGAAGCGAUUAGGCGCUGCCAAGAAGCUUCUGGCGGCGGGCGCCACCGUCGACAUUAUCUGGGACAAUCGGUCGGCGCUGACGCUGGCGGUCGGCGCAGAAUAUAUCCCGAUGAUCCAACUGCUCAUUGACGCCAAGGCCGACCUCAACUCGUUUCGGGUGGAGAGCCCUCCGCCGAUUUCGAUGGCCAUUUAUCACAAGUCGCCGGCGCUGCUUCAGCUCCUCCUGGAUGCGGGCGCAGAGGUCGACGUACCCAUUUUCAAUGGCGCCACCGCGCUCAUGUCCGCAGCGGGCCUCGGAAUGACCGAGCUCGUCCAGAUGCUGCUCGCUGCCGGGGCCAACGUGAACGCCCGCACCGACGCGGGAGGCAACUCGCUGGUGCAGACGGCAAUGACCAAGAACGUGGAGAUUGUGAAAUUGCUUCUCGAAGCCAGUGCCCGCGUCGACGACUUUGACGACACUCGCCGCACAGCGCUGUUUCACGCAGCCGAGGACGGCCACUUGGAGACACUCGAGUUGCUGCUCGAUGCCAGCGCAGACCCCGACCGAUGCGACGAGAAUGGUCAAUCGGCGCUGUGUGCGGCGGCUGAGAAGGGCCACGCAAAUGUGGUCGAGCGACUGCUACAAGCAGGCGCCGAUAUUCACAAGUGCUCCUCGGUGGGGACGUCCCCCUUGCAUGCCGCUGCGAGUGGGGGCCACGUGCGGAUCGUGCAGAUGCUCUUGACUGCAGGUGCUUACGUCGAUCGAUCCAAGAAUGGACCUCUCGCGCUGGCGAUUGAGAAGGGCAACCACAACGUUGUGCUGCUGCUGUGCGAGGCCAUUGUCGCGCGUGCCAAGCAGCCGCGCCCGACGAUUGUGCUGCCGCCGAUGGAGAGCGAUGAGAACGACCGAUGCCAUGCAGUCGAUGGCGAGGACGAGGCAUAGCAGCGAGGCGUAGCGUAAGCCGCUCUCUCGGCUCGUGUGCAAUGGAUGAGAUAACCCAUUCGAGGUUGGUAGUACCCAGUAGGACCUCAAUCUUGGGUGCACCAUUCGGGGACCCCUCACGCCUCAUGAGUGGAUCCCGCCCUUUUGUUAAACCGGUAUGAUUAGGUUACUAAAUCUACGAGAGCAGCGGCGGGCGAUUCAGCAGAUAUCUUUUGAAAACGCUGACUAUCUGGCUCACAGGGACG